AGGUUGAGAUCUCGCUAUAGAACAUCUCUGGUAGGAUUCGUACACUCACCGGCCGCUAUCACACACAGAACACACCGAGCAACAUGGCUGCUGUAGGCAGUUUAGUGAACAAUCUGGCGUGUUUUUGGAGACAGCCAUGUACCCGUACUUAUUUACCGCAUUUGUUCAUUUGUAUUUCUUUUAUAGGAUCGAUUUUGAAAAAAAUGGACCUUGUGCGGGAGAGCUACUUUAGUAAUAGUAGGAACCUUUUAAAUGUAUAUUUUGUGAAAGUUUCAUGGGGAUGGACCAUCGUUUUGCUUCUGCCUUUCAUCUGUCUCUCCAACUCUUACAACAGAAGACUUACAUUUGUUUUGAGGCGACUGACGUCAUUGGUGGUGGCCACACUCAUUUGGUAUACCUGCACUGAGACUUUUUUCUACAUUGAAGACAUUUCAGGUUCAUGCUAUGAGUCUAACACCAUGCAAGUCAUCCGUGGUGAAAUAAACACAAAGGCAGUGUGCAAGAAAGCCGGAUUCAUGUGGGAUGGCUUUGACAUAUCAGGACAUUCUUUCAUCUUGGCUUACUCUUCUCUUGUGAUUGUGGAAGAAAUGGUGCCUAUUUUACACUUAACACAUGUUUACAGAAACACCCCUCUUGAUUGUCUUUAUGUGGCACUCAAUGUGAUUGUGGCCAUCUGGAUAUGGAUGUUCGGAUGUACGUCAGUGUAUUUUCAUCAUAUUAUUGACAAGCUACUGGGGACCUCAUGUGGAAUAUUAGGGUGGUAUGUAACAUAUUUUGUUUGGUACCCAAGGCCCUAUUCUCCAGGGCUCCCUCCACAACACAGUGAGCAGAAACAACAUGCUUAGUAUGAGAACUAAAUACCGACAUAGACCAUGCAAUCAUUGCUACAAGUGCAAGUUACACACUACAACAAUCCUCACAUAUCUGCACUGUUUUUAUUUGUCUGUCCCAUUGAAAUGUCAGAUAGAACGUUAUGAUGGCAGUAUGUGUGAGGUGGUAGGGAGCUGGUGUUCCUAAAAUGACAUUCUGUAAUCUGAAAGAAAUGUUAUGAAUGGUUAUGGUAUGCCCAUAUAGUGAGGUCACAUCUACUGAUCCUCAUUGUUGCCUUCAAAAGUUCUGUGACUUUACACAGAGGUGGAAUAGUAACAGUAAAUUUUGCUUAUGCAAGAGUAGUCUGCUGCUGCUGUUUUGUAAUCAACCUGCAAUCAUCAACUUAGCUGCCUUUUGACAUUUAAAGGGAUCAUUCACCCAAAAAGGAAAAUUCUCUCAUCAUUUACUCACUCUCAUGCCAUCGCAGAUAUGGAUGACUUCCUUUCUUUUGCAGAACACAAACAAAGAUUUUUAGAAGAAUAUCUCAGCUCUGUAGGUCCAUAAAAUGCAAGUGAAUGGUAGCCAGAACUUUGAAGCCCCAAAAAGGACAUAAAGUCAGCAUAAAAGUAAUCCAUACGACUCCAGUGGUUUAAUCAAUGUCUUCUAAAUUGAUCCAGUUGGUUUUGGUUGAGAACAGACCAAAAUGUAACUCCUUUUUCACUGUACAUCUUGCCAUUGCAGUCACUAGACACAAUCAUGAUUUCAAGCUCGAUUACACUUCCUAGUGAUGACACAUGCAGAGCACUAGAUGGCGCUAUAGGAAGUGUAAUCAAGCUUGAAAUCAUGAUUUCUCCACCAAAACCAACUGGAUCUCUUCAGAAGACAUUGAUUAAAUCACUACUGUCUGAUGGAUUACUUUUAUUCUGACUUUAUCUGCUUUUUGGAGCUUCAAAAGCCUGAUCACCAUUUACUUGCAAAGAAAGUCAUACACAUCUUGGAUGGCUUGAGGGGAGUAAAUGAUUAGAGAAUUUUCAUAUUUUUGGGUGAACUAUCCCUUUAAUAUUUGGUAGAUUUGUUUUUCCCUUUACACAAACAUGUCAUAUUUAUUUAUUAAUUUUAAACAAAAUGUGGUGAUUCGGUUUGACAAAAUUGGAGGUCAGAGAAUUUUUAAGAUGCAGUGUAAUGAAUUUAUGCUAUAUACUUGUAUUGAGUUUUAACAAAACCAUUUUACAUGUGACAUGCUAUCAUUUUGGUCACUUUUAAAAGCAAAAGGAUUCUCUGCUUUCUAAUGAUAUAUUAUUUUUCAUAUUAUUAUGUUAGUAAUUAUAUAACUAUAUUAUUUUAAUAUGUUGCUUAUCCAAACUGUUGCCAUAAUGUAAUCAUUUAAAUGUUGGUUCA